AUGGCGGCACAAAUCCAGACAGUCAAUGAUCUUGAAGAGCAUGCUGGGACCGAGAAAUCCCCAGCAAUGGUUGAGAAGAAUGUGCAAGACCGGCCUGUGGAUUCGUAUCGUCCGAAAAAGUGGCAGAGUAAUGUGACCAUUUUGAGUUGUUAUAUCGCAAAUUUUAGCGAUGGUUUCCAAAACAGCCUUGCCAACCCCACAAAUGUCAUCCUCAAGAAGCUUCUUGGGUCUGGUCGGUACUCUGCGGAUAUGAAGACUCGGAUCAGCAAUUCCCUGAUUAUCGGUGCCAUUAUUGGUGUUGUGGUCCUGGGGUAUACCUCGGACAUGAUUUCUCGGCGAUCCGGUUUACUGUUCACCUCGUGCCUUGUAGCCAUCACUACACUGUUGGCAACACUUGCUCUACAAGUUCACCCCUCUGAAAAAAUGCUUUGGUACUUUGUCAUCGUCCGUGGAAUCGCUGGCUUUGGUGUUGGGGGUGAAUACCCACCCAGCGCAGCCGCUGGACUUGAAGAAUCUGACGAGAUCAUGGGAGCUUAUCGAGGGCCACUUUUUGUGUCCUUUACGACACUGAUGGCCACAUUGGGGAGUCCAAUCAUGCAGAUUAUCUAUUUGAUCUGCCUGAUUGCUACCAACAACAACCUGACCAUUGCCUUCCAUGCAAUCUACGGUAUCGCCACUGUUCUGCCAGUAAUCAUCAUUAUCCUACGAUUGUUCAUGGCCGAUUCGACUCUAUUCCAUAAUUCCAAUUUCACCAACCAGCGACGACCCUUCCGGCUUUACCUACUUCUUGCGCGUCGGUACUGGUGUCGUAUCUUCACCACUUCACUAGCCUUCUUUCUAUACGAUUUCGUCAACUUCCCAAACAGCAUCAUGUCUAGCACUAUCAUUUCAUCGCUUGUGAAGGAUAAUGAUAUUGGGAAAACUGCCAUCUGGCAGGUCAUUCUGGCCGUCCUUCCCGUGCCGGGUGUGAUGAUUGGAGCCUGGCUCACUAACGCUAUCGGCCGACGUAACACCGGCAUUGUGGGCUUUUCUGGGUACAUGGUUCUCAGAUUCAUCAUUGGCGGUACGUACUCCAAGCUAUCCGAGCAUAUUGCCGCCUUUGUGGUGCUCUAUGGUCUUCUCCGGGCGUUCGGCCAUAUGGGACCUGGUGCGACCAUUGGUCUCAUCUCUUCAGAAGUGUUUCCCACUGCAAUGCGAGGCAUGGGGUAUGGUAUUGCAACCGCCUUGGCCGAACUGGUGCUGCGGUCGGGACGGAAUGUUUCACUCCCCCGCAAGAGAUGGCUGGAAAUAGUUCGACGUUUUACCUGGCUGGUGGAGUAG